AUGUUGAUUACACAUAAAAAAAUAUUCUAUAUAAAUUCACACAAUAGAAUCAGUGGUACUAAUUCUAAAUUUAAAUAUAAUAUUAUAUAUUAUCCUCAAGACAGAUUUGACAGAGUGGCAUUGUUACAAGCGACAAUACCAAAAUCAUUUUAUACAGUUGGAAGAGGAUUAAAUACUUUUGAAUUGAUAGAAGAUGAUCAAUCAACUAUUAUUUCUAUUCCUGUUGGUAAUUAUUCAAGAAAAUCAUUACAAGACACAUUGGAAAAGCAAUUGAAUGCAUUGUCACCAAACAAUGUAAAGUAUGCAAUCGGUUGGCCAACAUCACAACAACCAAAUACUGGUAAAUAUAUUUUUACUUGUGCAUCAACAAGAGAUAUUCAACCAAUCUUUUCUUUUACUAAUCAAUUAUUUCGUCAUUUAGGUUUUAAUAAAGAUUCAACAAAUAAAUUCAAUAAUAAUAUUUUGGAAUCAACCAAUGUAAUUAAUUUACAAUCUGAUAAUGUAUUGUUUAUUCAUUCAGAUUUAUGUAGCAAUGGAGAUGAUGAUAUAUUACAAGAGGUUUAUUCUGCAGCUGGUAAUGCAGAUUUUUCAAAUAUACAUUGGCAAAACUAUGAUGUUGAAUCAUAUAGUAAACAAUUGGUAUCAAAUACAAAGACAAGCUUUACCAUUUAUUUGACAGAUCAAGAUGGAAAUGAAGUAAAUUUAAAUGGUACAUAUAGAAUAUAUAGAAUUAAAAAAAUGGAACAAGCAAUUUCAAAUCAAUUUGAUUACAGACAAAUGGUUGGAUCAGGACCACAAUAUGAAUACACUCGAGUAUAUCCUCAAGCUGGUGCAACUCAAACAACAGUUUAUCAAGGAGGAAAUGACACUAUAUUUGAAAUACCACCAACCAAAGCAUUUAAUUUAAGUAGGUCAUGGUUUCAAUUUACAUUUACAUUACCAGCAACCAAUGGAAAACAGAUACAGGUAUUUACAAGAGGUGGUACAUAUUUAAUGGAUCAUACCAACUUUCAUUUACAUUCUAAAAUGGUGACCAAGAUCAACAAAAAAUUAAAUAAUACACUCAACACUUUCACUCUGCAGUAA